ACAUCUAAACUUCAUCUCAUGGAAAAGCCUACAACAGGGGUGCCCAAUGAGCACAGGGAUUACUGGUCUACUCGCGUCCCAACUGAACAAUGCCAGUGGUGGAUCAAUCACCAACCGUUCCUAUUGUCGAUAGGCUACCAGCUUCGUCGACGUUAUCAUGCAGAUUGGAUCCCUUCCUGGCGGCUUCCCGGAGCUACCGUGUCCAAGGAGCACUCUGAGGACUCGGUACACGGAUUGAACUCGUUGGUCUUGGACGCUAUACGGAUAGCGGAUGGUACUAAGGUUGUCCUCAAGCGCGUAGACACGCGUGAUGUCGAAUUGUCCGUUGUCCAAUACCUCAACUCUCCGAAUGUCCGACACCACGCUCACAACAGAACGGCGCUGCUUUUGGAUACCAUUCCGAUACCUGACGAUGACAACACUAUAUUGAUUGUCAUGCCGUUCCUCAGAGUGUUCAACUCUCCUAUUUUUCGCCAUUUACAAGAGGUCAUCGAAGCUCUGCGUCAAUUUUUGCAGGGACUGGCAUUCAUGCAUUCUCACUUUAUAGCCCACCGCGAUGUUUGUCGGACGAACCUGAUGAUGGACGCAUCCAAGGUAGUGCCCGGCGGCAGCCAUUUCGACGAUCCUAGCACCCAAGAGAGCAAUCUCAGUCUUCGAUUUUGCUGGAGAGACCGAUGUUCUGUUGAACCGAUUGCCUAUUAUUUCAUUGACUUCGGGCUUUCUCGCUAUUUCCCAGGUGGCGUGGAAACUGCAUUUAACUUUGGUAGGUACGGGCAGGACCGCACCGUUCCAGAAUUCAAAUGGGAGGUGCCCCACAAUCCGUUCAAAGUGGACAUUUAUCAAUUGGGCAACACCUUCCUCAGGGUCCUCGCUCGCUUUCCCGAAAACCGCGAAUAUCUGCUGCCCUUGUUGCGCACAAUGACAGCAAACGACCCAAAUGCACGGCCCACCGCGCUGGAAGCGUUAACAGAAUUAGAGGCGCUGGGUGAGCAUAUCCCCGAACCCGAACCCGAACUCGUCAAAUCCAUGGAAUACGAACGAGAUUAUGACUCGCCAGACACGGAAGAGGAGGAUUUGUACCACGAGAUAACUUGA